AUGCAUUUUCUAGCUGCACCUUCUAGAAAUUCAUGGCGCCCUGUAAUGAGUUCUGUUACUACAGAGCUUUCCUACUGGCUCAAAUGGAGAUUCUUCUUCUGUGCUGUACUGGUUAUGUUUACAAUGGCUGUAGCUUCUAUUAUGAUCUGGAAAUAUGAAGGUUCUGAACAAGAUGGUGAAGAGGAAGAAGAAGAAGAAGAUGCAGCUUGGAGGCCAUGUCUUAGAACAGUACACCCAGCAUGGCUACUGGUUUUCAGGAUUGUAGCUUUUAUUAUAUUUGUAUCUCUGAUAGUUGCAGACUUAGUUGUGGAUGGAGCUUCUAAUCUAUGGACAGGUAUUCUGGUUACAAUAUAUUUUGGGCUUGGGUUGUUGCUGUCUGCUUAUGGGUGCCAUAAAUAUGUAAGAGUAACUGCUGAAAGGAUUAAUCCAACAAGCUCGGAUGCUGAGAGUGGCUCAAGCAUUGCUCCUGCAGAUAUUGAAACUUCAACUGACCCUCUUAGAAUGAAGAAUACUACAAACAGAAAGCACCUGAACAUUCACAAAAUUGUGCGGUUAGGUGGCUAUCUCUUCCAGAUUAUCUAUCAGGCAAAUGCAGGUGCUCUCUUGCUUACGGAUUUCGUGUUUUGGCUUAUCAUAUUUCCUUUUCUAGCAAUUAAAAAUUACGAUCUCAGUUUUCGAUUCCGCUGGUUUCGGAUGUCAUAUUUCAUGCUAUGGACAUCAAUUUAUGUGAUAUUUCAAUGGGUCAUUCAUGCUUGCAUCUCAAUUUGGUGGCCAUACACAUUUCUUGACUUGUCAAAAGAUAAAUCCCCAAUAUGGUACUUAGCUGUUGCAGUAUUGCAUAUUCCCUGUUAUGCUGUCUUCCAUUUCAUCAUAAAGCUGAAGCACUAUUUGUUCUUAAGAUGGUUUCACAACUCUUAUUAUCUAAUUAAUUAGCAAUGGAAUGCAAUAACUAAAGUGCCUUAUUGGAAUGAGUGGGUAACUCCGCCAGUUUUUUCAGAUGAUUCAGAUUAUUAGAAUAGAAAAUGGAUCAAUAAAUUUGAUUAAAUGUAACUUAUAAUUGAUAAAGUAUAAAAACAAAUUUGAUGGAGCAAUUAUGAAAGAUACUUCUUUCCUCCAGAGCAGAAAAUAUUCUUGCGCAGGCAUUCACUAUGGCUGCCCACAAAUGGAUUGGAAUGCAAGGGUUGUGAAACUGAGAGGUACAAGAUUCAAUAGUUUGACCGGUGUUGAAUAGAAGUUGAACUAAAAAACAUAACAGAUAUUAAAAAUAUGUAAAUAAGAUCUAAAUGGCAUAGUAAUUAUAUAAUAAUAUAUAAUAAUUUUACAAUAAUAUAAAUUUUGACUA